GCAGCGCACGCGCACUUUGAAAGCCUGCAACUUCCUGUCAAGAUGGCGGCGAGCAGAGGGCUUACGGGUCUGUGGAGGACGUGCGUGACCCUAAGAAGACCCCCUUUCUGUGUCCCUGCUGCUGUCCGGACACAGAGCUCCGUGAGCGGGGACCUGCUGCCCCGCACCUCGCUGUCCAGGCCUCCCUGGGCGGACGAGCCGAGCCCGGUCGGGCUGGAGGAGGAGCAGCAGCGGCACGCCGCGGUGGUGAGCGCCGUCAACCAGCGGAUUCAGAACCGGGACUUCGGCCGCCUCUUCGCUGUUGUUCACUUCGCCGGCCGCCAGUGGAAGGUCACGAACGAGGACCUGAUCCUGAUCGAGAACCACAUCGACGCGGAGUGCGGGGACCGCAUCCGCGUGGAGAAGGUGCUGCUGGUGGGAGCGGAGGACUUCACCCUGGUGGGGAGGCCUCUGCUGGGCAGGGAGCUGGCCAGGGUCGAAGCCACCGUCAUCGAAAAGACUGAAUCCUGGCCCAAAGUCCACAUGCGGUUCUGGAAACGACACCGGUACCAGCGCAAACGGAUGAUCGUGCAGCCGCAGACCGUCCUGAGGAUCAACAGCAUCGAUCUGGCUCCAAAUCUGUCAUGAUCAAACCUGAACGCCUCUGAACAGUCACGUGAUCAUCAUCUGUACAACCUUUCACAUUAAAGCCAAUAGUUUCUAAAUUUUAA